UUGAAUGUUUUUCAGAAGGUCUUGGUCCAAUAAAUGUAUCACGUUUUAAGCUUGGAUAUCUAAGUGAAUGCAUUUACUGUAGUAACGUUAUUGUUAUUUAGAAAAAGAGUUCAUAUUAGAAGCUGAAAGGGAACCAGGACACCUAAAGAGGAAGGACAAGUCUCCUUCUUGACUGGACUCCUUUGUAAAGACUUUGGAGGAAGACCGGGAUCACUACAAAAGAGAGGUAGAAAACCCGAGGAAGAUGCUAAAAGGAAGAAAUUCAAGUCCAAUGCGCAGCAAAUCCAGAGGUCGUAGCCCAUCAAGGUCCAUGCCAGUUAAGGGAGGGACCUAUGAUUCAGAAGUGAUGCGGAUUAUGCAUGAGCGUGAUGAGUUGAAAACUAUGCUGGAAAAGUAUGAGCGUCACAUGGCUGAAAUUCAAGGCAACAUUAAAGUUUUAACAGCAGACAGAGACCACACUAACAUUCUACAUGAACAGGCCCAGGAAGAGAUAACAAGACUUCGGAGGGAGAUAAUCAAGCAAUCCACAAAAACUCCGAAAUCAAGCCUUGCAGCACACUCCAUUCUUCGACGUGUGGAGGCUGAAAGGGACCAGGCAACUGCUGACCUGCGAAGGAUGACCACUGAGAGGGACAGUCUGAGGGAGAGGUUACAGAUAUCCCACGAGACUGCUAUCAAUGAGAGGGCUCAUCUGGAACAAAGAAUAGAAGAUCUGCAGUCAGAAAUAAUCUUGCUGGAAAAUGAGCGUCAGGAGUACAAAUCCAGGCAGUCCAUGAUGAAGGAAGCACUGCUGUCUCUUGAAGAGGAGGUCAAACUGAUGACUCGGAAGGCAGCAGACACAGAGGAUGACCUCGACAGGACUGGAACAGAAUGCAGCAUUUUAAGAGCAACAAGCAAGCAAAUAGAGCAGACCCUAAGGGAGAACCAGCUUCAGCUGUCAGUGAAGAUCAGUGAACUGGAGGUUUCUCAGGAGAAACUCACACGAAUGGAGGAAAAAAAUGAUUUACAAGCCAUGCAGAUUGCUUCGCUUCGAGAAGAAAUCCUCACUCUCCAGAGUAUUAUCAGCUCACUAGAACAGGAUAAGGACUCCUUGCAGGAAACUGUGGAUAGGAAGACUGAGCUGAUCUCUGCCUGUCACAGUGAGAUAGAGGAGAAGGAAGAGUUCAUCAAGGAUUUGAAAAAUUCUAUUGAGAAAAUGGAGACUACAACAAAGAAGUUGAAUGAGACUGUCAGCAGUCGGGAGAGAGAGAUUAGCAGUGUGCGCCGGGAGCUCGACUCUGUGAAUGAAGAACUUGCCAAGACAGGCAGAGCCAAAGAGGCUGCUGUGCGGGAGUGCAGCCAGAUCCAAGAUGCCCUUUCCAAGGCCAGGCUUGAAAACCAGUCACUGCUCCGCAAGCUGGAUGAUUCUGGACAAGUAGUUAACAACCUGAAGCUGAAAGUUCAGGAUUACAUGAACGAUGUCGCUCGAGUAGAAAAUCUGCUUACAUCUAAGGAUAAGGAGAACCGUGAGCUUCUGGACAACUACUGUCGAGCCGUGUCUCAGUCUGAGAGCUGGGAGAGCAAGGCACACAAGAUGGAAGCCGAGGUCAGCUCAGUGAGGCUGGAGUUUCUUACCAGCGAGUCUGAGAGGCGAAGAGUGAAGGAAAACAUUGAAACCCUGGAGAGAGAUCUUGAUGAAUCGUUGGUGGCGGAGGAUGCCUGCAAAAAUCAGAUUUCCCAUCUGAACAAGAGCAUAAUGAGACUAGAAGAUGAGCUGAGACAGAUGCAGUCACAAAAGGAGUCUGCCUUAUCAGAUCUGGAGUCCACAAGGGAGCUUUGUAUCAAACUGGACACCAGCAAGGAGAUGACAAGCAGACAGCUUAACUCCAAGAACCUGGAGAUGGAACAAGUGCUGAAUGAGCUGGAGUUGAAUCGCUCAGAAAUCGAGCUCCUCAAAAAGCAGCUGGCAAGUGAGAGGCUUUCCAUGAAGAACCUGGAGAGCCUGCUGGUAACCAACAGAGAGAAGGAAUAUCACAGCCAGAUGACCACUCAAGAGAAGCUAUCUGAGAUCGAGCUGCUGCGAGACAAACUCACGCUGGCCGACAGCAAGAUAUUAAAUCAAAGUCGUGAGGUUGCUCAGGUCAGAAGCAAAUCCGCACAGUUGGAAGCAGAACUGGAAUUGACUAAUCAGCAAUUAUCAAGCGAGCGGUUUGAAAGGGAGCGUGCUGUGAACGAGCUUCGUCGCCACGGCCUGUCUGCCUCACUAAGCUCCACCUCUCCACCGAGAAGGUCCCUCAGCCCCAGAGCCACCUACUUGCCUGAACGUUCGUUCCUGCGAUCCCCAGAACGCUCACUAGACAGGUCAUUCGACAGGAAUGUUUCUUUCAGGGACUUCUAAGACUACACUACUGAAAGAGGAAGCAUGAUUGUAACUGUUAACUCUGAGGACAAUUGUUACCACAAAUCAAAUGUUCUGCCUGAAGGUAUUUUACUGUGAAGAAAACUUGUUUUUGCCAAAAAAUAUUUUUUCAGGUAAAUAAAAAAACCAGAGGUUUACAAACAGAAAAAUAAUAAUAUAUUUUAAUAUAAUCUAAAUGUAUUACCUUUACUGUAAUUUAAUAAGGAUGAUUUUUAAAUUAAUUACACAUACAUGCAUAUAAACACAGUGUGCACUCUAUAAAUGCACACUCCAUAUGCACAAGUGCAUGCAUACUUAAAUACAUUACAUACAUGAGUUCCCAUUCAUGCAAACACAUUUUCAUAGGAGAAUGAUAACUGUUUACAUUUGAAUAGAGAGACAAAAAAAUAUAUGUCUGACCUAAGAGCUCUUUGUAGAUGGAUGACCCCUUGGUUCAUCUGGAAAGAUGGGGCAUUAGAAGAUGGGUCAGUGACCCAUUUAAUUUCCUUUAACCUGACAGGACAAUACGAGGGCUUUCAUUUCUGGUAAAGAACCUCAAAUCAUAUCUUUCAAACUAUGUUUUAUCACUGUUCCAAAUCAAUACGCCAGAAAGUACAUUAGUUGUGUAUUUUACCUUUUUUCUGCUUGACGACAGAAAAUCUCUGUCCUUGUACACGCCCUCUGAAUGCUGUCCAUCAGCGUAGACUGCUUCCUCGCUGUCCUGUACGUUUAGUCUAUAUUUCAACUUAAUAUAGCAAAUAAAGUGACAAAAUAAAACAAUCAAGAAUAGGUUUUGCUGUCAACAGCAGUACAGUCACCACAAUAGCAGCGAUUCUCCGGACUGAAUGACGAGUUGAGAAGUCAAAGAACUGGAUGCAGUCUGAUUACUUUCAGCAACUUUAUUUCAGCAUAUCACAAUUACCACAGGAUGGUGCUCUCUUCUUAACAAAGCCAGGAAGGAGGCUUUGGAUAAACUUUAUGAACACACUGAACAAGCUACUGAACAAACAUUAUUAACACAUAGACUACCAGAUAUUUUUAAUUACUAUUUUAUUAUUAUUAUUAUUAUUAUUAUUAUUAUUAUUAUUAUUAUUAUUAUUAUUAUUAUUUCGCUAAUACAUUUUAGGACCUAAUGGUAACUUAAAUAUCGAAACGUACACAAAUAUGCAUCUCAAAGUUAGUUGUACUUUUAUUCUUAUAUAUGUUUUACAAACCAUUCACAAACUAUUUUCGCUGUUCUGUACGAGGUCCUUGAACUGAAGAACAGCUUCAUGUAAGUAGAAGAUUUUUUAUUUUUAAUAUAUUGAGGUAUUAGGCUAUUGGAAAUACCCACAAUGCAACAUAAUGAAGCCUGAGUGAAGCCUGAGCAAAUCGCAUUACUCAUGGAAUAUGAGGAAAAUGUUUGUAUUCAUAAGCAAGAAAAACUAGUGCUGCAUAAAAUCACAAAAAAUACUUUUAAAUGUGUUUUUUUUUUUUUAUGUAUCCCUUUUUGAAUAAUAAUAGAACCCUCAAGAGGCCUUUACCCUCUCGUAAAGCCCUUCUUGUUAUGUUAAAUGCCCUCGCCUUCAGUUCGGGACAUUUAACGGCACAAGGGCAAGCCAUACCCUCUUAAAGCCCUCUUAUUCCGGUUCUAUUGCUUAAAUAAUUACCCAUCAACAUAGACAGGGUGCAGCCUUACCAGUAGUCUCAAAUGCCUCCUAUCUAGAGUGAUCACAGUUUCACUGAAUCCUCUGAUAUCAGUCACAUUUUAACAGCAUUCUUGCACUGUGCAGUGUAUUUCACAGAAUUUAGGACUAUUUCCAUCAACAUGUAUACUAAUUGCAAUUUAAUCCAGUGUAAUGGCAUGUUUUAGAAAUAUUUUAUGUGCGAUGACCUUUUACCUCUAUGCAGAAUUUAUGAUUGGCAGCAAGUAACCUGACAUUUCAAAGGAGAACAGGAGUAAGACUUAGUAAGUAUCUAGCUGACUUUAACUGUUAAUACAGCUGACAUUGGCGAUGAGAUGUGAAGAAUUUCAGAUUUUGACACUAACUGACAUUGUGAAUGCAAACUCUCUGCUGAAAUUUUAUGUAUAGUUGUCACUCAGAUUCUAAUUGGGACAUUUUAUUGGUGCUGUAUUAUAAUAUUUAUUAUGAACAAUGAAUGAGUUGCUUUAUAAUGUGGGCGUGUGUGUUUUUACAUUACUAAUCAUUUGUAUGCAUUAACACAAUUUAUGCAAGUUUUUUUGUUGAAUUAUUUUCAGUAAUGUCAAUUUUUUACAUACAUGCGAUAAAUGCAAUUAUUUUGUACUUUAUAGGACUGAAUAAAGUAUAUCUAUUUAUUUUGUUAUUUAAUCUUUAUUCUUUAUGAAUGUUACACUUUAACUCAUUGAAGGCAGAAAUUAUACAGAAAAGCUGUGCACAUUAACAACACCUAUCUGAGAAAGAUCUUUACACAGAUGCUUAAGUAUUUAAUUUGAUUUUCAUAAAUAAGGCCCCUGAAGAAUUCCAAGUGCACUGUAAAUGUACUGUAUACUUAUACAUUUAUUAGCCCAAUAUCAUUUUAAAUCAGACUUGAAAAUGAGGCAAGCCUGGUAAAACAAUUAAAUUAAAAA